CUGAAGAUCAGUCUCCUCAGAAUAUUCCAUAAAAGAAGUGUUCAAUACUCAGCGGAACACAAAGUAAGCUUAGCGGAUUUCACUCCCUCCUACAAGUACACCAUCUUGCCGAACUUGUCCCUAUGCCAUGAUUCACGAGAAAGAGAACCUCUUAUGGUGGUCACUGUCUUGUCUGUUGCAAGCCAUAGUGAACUCCGUCGGGCCAUCCGCGAAAGCUGGGCAUCUGCCAAGUACUCGGAUUCUAUUAAGACCGGUCGCGUAGUGGUGUUCUUCAUUUUAUCGUCUCCAGCAUCUAUUUAUGAUGUAUACAAAGUGCAGAAAGAGCAAGUCAAAUAUAAUGACUUGAUUGUGACAGAUUUGCCAGAAACCUACGAAAAUUUAUUCUUAAAGGUGUAUGCUUCUCUUGUCUUCCAUCAAAGAUACUGUCCUUCGGCACGCUUUCUUAUGAAAGUUGAUGAAGAUAUCGCCGUGCAUCUUGAUCGUAUGAUCGAAUCUUGGACUAUAGAUGAUCAAGCUAGUCGUUCCUUGUUCUGUGAUGUGAAGAGGAAAACACGGCGUAUAACGGAUCCACGGCAUAAGUGGUCAGUUCUGCUGUAG